AUGAAGCAUUACCUUCUUGUGCUCUUACUAUCGCCAUACUUCUCGUCCGUACGGGGUGCGGAAACCACCCUCACCAGCCUUGUAUCACAGAUUCCAUCAUGCGCGCUUCCUUGCCUUCUUACUGGUCUCCAACAUGGGGGCUGUAAGCUGGAAUCUGUCUCUACUAUCGCCAAUUGUCUGUGUAUAGACAUCGAACUCCAGGCAGACCUGUCGUCAUGUGUUCGUCUGAAAUGUUCUUUCGAGGACCAAAAGCGUGCUGCUCAAGUUGAGACAGACCUCUGUGCGACUUUCCCGAAGCCGUCAAGAAGAGAAGAAGCAAGAGCAGUGGCAAUAUCAUUAUCUAUCAUUGCCUUCACUGUUGUCGGACUUCGAUGCAUUUCACGAUACCUGGUUGACCACCGACUUUGGUGGGAUGAUUGGAUGAUCAUUGCAGCAACGGUCCUUCUCGCCGCAAUAACAGGCAUCCAAAUUGCGGGAACCGGCCUAGGGUUUGGCUUGCACUACUGGCAUGUCGAACCUUGGGCAAGCACAAGACUCAUUCAGAUGUUCUAUAUUGGCGAACAACUUUAUAUCUUGGCCCAGAUUAUGGCUAAGAUUUCACUUCUGCUUUUCUUCUCGCGCAUCUUCUUCUCUUCUCGAUGGUUCUAUCUUACAACCCAACUCUUUAUUCUGUUCUUGAUUCUGCACGCGGCGAUAUUCCUCUUUCUUGUCAUUUUCGAAUGCACGCCAGUCACCUCAACCUGGAAUCUCGACGAUCCAUCUAGAAAAUGCAUGAAUAUUGUAGCAAUUGGCUACUCUGGUGCAGUAUUCAGCGUCAUUGAGGACAUUGCUAUCCUUAUUCUUCCCAUUCCAGAGCUUCUUCGACUUCAGCUCAGUACCAAGAAGAAACUCUGGCUCAGUCUCAUAUUUGGGCUAGGGUCAUUUGGAUGUGUCACUAGUAUGGUCAGAUUGAAAUUUCUGGUUCAUCUUUCAUUCACAUCUGAUGUUACCUGGGACAAUGUGGACGUCAUCAAUUGGUCUUUAGUUGAAGUCUCGUGUGCCAUUCUGUGUGCAAGCCUUCCUGCACUUCGGCCACUACUACGAUUUUUGGUUAGCAAAAAGCCAAAGAAAACAACGGAUGCAACACCCUCCGAGGAAUACCAACCGACUUAUAGAAGAGAUAAGUUCAGCAAGAUCUCAGAUGACCCAUCAACGGAAUUGUCACUGUCUCCAGUUGAUACAGGGCUGGACGACAUAGCGAGGGAAUUCGAAAUGUGGAAUAGAGGAAGUUCCUCCAAAGGCAGUACACAAUCUGUGACGACCGAUAGGUCUGGGAGUCCUACUUCUCAGACUGGGGCAUAG